AAUCUUGUAUUCUUUGUUUCUUGGCACCACAUCUCUCCUCCCCCUCCUCUCGUUGCCCGACAUCACCUCUCCCACCUCCGCCUUCACCGCCGACAACACAUCUUCCCUCCGCUCCUGCAACUUACCGGAUUAUGUUCCGAUUAUACUCUCUCAAUCCAUCAUUCUCGGUGUUUAUGGCUCUGCUUCCCUUCUAGUCGUUAUCUUUGUUUGGAUCCUCGCUGUCUUCUUCUUGUAGACUGCAGAGGUUUGAUCCAUCUCUUCAGCUACAGAUGUUUGCAGAUGUGGUCCGCAGACUGCAGACGUUUUACCUCUGAAAAAACAAACAGCACCCAAGUAUUAGUUUUCUUCUUCUUAUUAUUAUCCCACUCCAUAUGCUAUAAUGGAGGAGACAAGAUGUGCAGUUGUUACGGGAGGAAAUAAAGGGAUUGGAUUUGAAAUAUGUCGCCAGCUAGCUAUAAAUGGGGUUCAAGUCGUAUUAACAGCUAGAAAUGAAAAUCGAGGGGUUGAAGCUGUAGAAAAACUCAACGCUUCUGGCAUCCUGAAUGUCGUUUUUCACCAGCUUGACAUCAAAGAUGCAACAAGCAUAGCAAAUUUGGUUACAUUCAUUGAAACGCACUUCAAAAAACUCGAUAUCUUGGUAAAUAAUGCAGCAGAAUUCGGCAUUAUCGACGUUGAUGAAAAGAAGUUUAAAGAUGGAGGAGCAUUUAGGCAAGUGACCGAUGAGAAUGUCGAUAAUUUAACGGGCAUUUUAGAGGAACCUUAUGCUAUGGGAAAAGAAUGUUUGGAUAUAAAUUAUUAUGGAACCAAAAGAGUUACAGAGACACUUGUUCCUCUUCUCCAACUCUCUAAAUCGCCAAGAAUUGUGAAUGUUACCUCUACUUACGGAGAGAUGCGCUGGUUUCACAAUGAGCAGUUGAAACAAGAGUUUCUUGAUAUCGAAAACUUAACCGAGGCAAGGAUAGACGAGAUUGUUGAAUGGUUUUUGAGGGACUUAAAGGAUGCUAAGUUGCGGGAGAAUGGAUGGCCUUUGACCGUCUCUGCUUAUAAAGUUUCGAAAGCAGCUCUUAAUGCUUAUACCAGACUGAUGGCAAGAAAGUUUCAAAACAAUAUACUUGUUAAUGCGGUGCACCCCGGGUAUGUGCCAACAGAUAUGACAUCUCGUACUGGAAUCCAUACUGUAGAAGAAGCCGCGAAUACAGUGGUAAGGGUUGCUUUGUUGCCGGAUGAUGGACCAUCUGGUGUGUACUUUAACAAAAUGGAAAUAGCUCCAUUUACAUAGACACCAUGUAGAGAACGGACCUAUGGUGUCACGAAAGGGUUUUAUGUGCAUUAUAUAAAAUCGAAACAAGAGUAACACCCUAGUCUUUUUUUUACUGGGACACUUAUGAACAAAUAAACGAAAAAUAAAGCCAAUAUUGCUAAUUCUUAGAGUGGUUAAUCCAAAUUUCUGUAACAUUUA